AAAGACUUGCGGAACGAACUACAUUGCAAAAGGGCAAAUGGGAAGACUUAGAAUGUGACACCAGUAUGUUGUUCUUUCCUUCCGUGAAAAUCCCUUCCGUCGUCAACAUGAGUCCCACGCUACAUCUUACAGUUUAGUUGGGCAUUUAAUUUUUUACAUGGUGAUCAAUUUAAAAGAACUCUCACCAUAACCGUAGUGAAAAAUAUUUUUCUGCAAAUGACCUCACCUCAUCUAUCACAUUGAGAGCAUUGUGUCUUUUCUUCUGAAACUGGAUCUGACAAUAAGUUCAAUAGCGUUAAUAACAACCAAAACCGCGUAUUUUAUUAACGUGGUGAAGUAUGGAGACAGAAGGUCGGGACUUUUUGAACACUCCUCCUGUAAAGAUCGUCAGAUUUGGAGGCAGUGUGGCAGAAACGUUGGCUAAACACAAACGGGGAGACUCAAGUGACUAUGAACUGUUAAAACACCAGCUGGCUGAUCCUGAAAUAAAGGAUGCUCAGAUCAUCAACUGGCUGCAAGAAUUUCGGACUUGUGUGACCCAGCUAACCAAAGAUCAUGAACAGCUCAUCUACACAAUCUUGAGGCUUCCUUGGGUUGGCCGAAGCCAGGCUGUGGUGGAGGAGUACAUGGCCUUCCUAAGUAACCUGGUUUCAGCACAAACUGUCUACCUAUGUGCUUGUCUCAAGAUGGUGGUUUCCCACUUCACAGCAAAGCGAGUGAUGAUCUGUGAAGAAGGAAUUGAUAUCUCUGACUCAGAUGAGGAAGAUGAAAACCUCCCCAGGAACUUCAAUCAGA